AUGAAGUUCAGCGGUUCUGUUCUGGCCAUUCCGGCUCUCAUCUGGCUUGCUGCUGCCGCUCCUCCCACUUUCAAGCCUGCAGUCGAGGCGGAUUGGGAUGCAGUUGUGGUGGGAGGAGGUCCUGCAGGACUCUCUGCAGCCUCUGCUCUUGGCCGCGUACGAAGAAACGCUCUCCUCAUCGAUUCCGGCGACUAUCGAAACCAAGUCACUCGACGUGUGCACGAUGUGAUCGGAUAUGAUGGCGUUACUCCAGCAUACUUUCGGUGGCGUGCCAGACAACAGAUAGCCGAGUAUGAUACUGUUCACCUCACCAACGGAACUGUGGAUAAGAUUGAGCCGCAAGCCAACAACAACACCUAUUUCAAAGUCACUUCUCACCACGAAAAUGGCACCUCGUCAAGUGUGACUGCGAGGAAGAUUAUCAUUGCGACGGGGCUUCGCGACAUUUUUCCUUCUACUCCUGGCAUUGCGGAGAAUUUUGGACAGGGAAUCUACUGGUGCCCGUGGUGCGAUGGCCAUGAACAUGCAGACCAGCCGCUGGGCGUCCUUGGUCCCCUGGGUAGCUCGGGAAACACUCCCCUGGAGGUCCUUAGCCUCAACACGGACAUUAUACUUUUCGUGAACGGAACAAAUACUCCGGAACAGCGAGCCAUCGUUGWCAAGAAGCUACCAAAGUGGGACAAAUGGCUUGAUCUUCACAAUAUCACCAUUGAGAACCGUACCAUUACCUCUCUUGAACGACUCCGCGAUGGCUCAAACUUCAAUGAGGAUCCCAGCAAAGCGACUCACCCUGAGUAUGACUUGUUUCAAGUCAACUUCGAAAAUGGACCUCCCACGAACAGAAGUGCUUUCAUUACGAAUUAUCCCAGCGAGCAACGGUCCAAGCUCGGCGAACAGACGGGCGUCGCAGUCUACGGUGGAAAACUCGACGCUGAUAUGAACAAGGGGAUGAUUUCAAACGUACCUGGCAUUUACGUUGUCGGAGAUUGCAAUCUUGACAACAGCACCAACGUUCCCCACGCGAUGUGGUCGGGAAAGAGAGCGGUGGUGUCGCUUCAUGUCAAGCUCGAGACUGAAAAUGCUCUUAGUGAGAUUUCUAGUUUAUCGCGGAGGGCCGAUCUUUCGGAGCGCGCGUUGUGGGCUCAAGUCAAUGGACCUGACGACGUUUUGGAUGCUGGAGAGUAUGAGCAGAUGAAGGCUUGA